UUCAUACAACGUGCCACUAGCGGUGUUGGUAAGUGAUAUGUCCUCAUAGUUCUUUUGCGUUUUGUUUUCAGAAAUGAAAUUAACACCAUCCGUAAGAAAAGUGCCAUUCUGUCAGGAGUUGUUACCUUGUGGGACAGUUCAGUAUCAAUGGCGACCCUGUUGUCUGUCGUUACUCUCGUGCUUACUGGUCAACCCAUCACACCUGUAAAUGUCUUUAUGCUGCUAGGUUUUAUGGAUAUCGCAAGAACAAUAACAUGCCUUCAUUUUUCUUCUGCUUUGUUGCAAGGAAACGACGCUCAUGCGUCGCUAGGAAGAAUAGAAGAUUUUCUCCUUUUAGAAAACCUUCCCGCCAUCUUACGUGGUCAGUCUCAAGACGACAUCAGUAACCCAGGGAGCAAGGCAACCAAAGUUACGAGUGGUCUGUCAGAUCAACAGGCGAAAAUGGCAAGGGUAUUCAAUCCUGACCUAAGAAAAACUCCGCUGAACGAGCCCAGUAUUUUAUGUGUGUCGAAUCUGACGAACCGACAAAUCGAGCGGCAAGAUGAAUUUAUUUUGCAGGAUAUUGAAUUUUCCACAGCACCCCAAAGCCUAACAGUCAUUACUGGACCAGUGGGAAGUGGAAAAUCUACUCUUCUCUCAGCGAUUGCUGGCGAGAUCUCUGAAGUUAGCGGGACAAUAACCUUCCAAGGUUCUUUUGUUUAUGUUCCCCAGACAGCUUGGAUCUUCUCUGGAACAAUAAGAGAAAACAUUCUGUUUGGUCAACCAUACGAUGAAACAAAGUACACCAGUGUAAUUGAAGCAUGCGCCCUCAAAGAAGACAUCCAGCGGUUUCCUGACUAUGACAAAACAGUUGUUGGAGAACGCGGAGAAGUUCUGAGUGGAGGUCAGAAGGCGAGAGUAAGUUUAGCACGCGCAGUUUACGCUGAUGUAGACCUUUACUUGUUAGACGAUCCUCUGAGUGCCGUUGACUUUAAAGUUGGCCAACAUAUCUUUGAAACAUGUAUUAACGACCUACUGGGCGAUAAAACGCGAGUGUUAACAUCACAUCAGGAACAGCACAUGAAAGAAGCUAAUCAAGUGAUUGUGUUGUACAAAGGCCGCGUGUUGGAAAAGGGAAGUUUCAUUGAACUGCAAGAAAAGGGUAUUCUAAACACAACUGUUGACCCGCUCUAUCAGACAGUUGGGAAAGAUAGGAAGUAUACUAAGAGCGUUGCUCGGGAAAUUGAACAGAAAAACGGAGGUGAUGGCUGUGACACAAUGGCUCCACUACCCAAUGAACCUAGGAGUUUGGAAAUAUCACAAGAAGAUCGCUCCAUCGGAGUGAUUUCAUCAAAGCUUUACUGGAACUACUUUAGAAGCGGAGUACAUUGGUCAACAAUCUGUGCAGUAAUUUGUUUGUGCUUCAUAACGCAAGCAAUGAUGGUUGCUCCUGACGUCUGGCUCUCGUCGCUAACAAAGAAACUACCAGAAGAUCAGGAAGACAACACAAACUUGACUAUCUAUGCUUGUCUCGUCAGUGGGUCCCUUAUCUUUGCCAUCAUUCGAGCUUAUGGAUUCCUUCUGGUUUCCUUAAGAUGUUCAGAGCGUCUUCAUGACAAGAUGGUUUUGGCUAUUUUACAAGCACCGGUUCAUUUCUUUGAUUCCAAUCCCGUGGGAAGAAUACUCAAUCGAUUUUCUAAAGAUGUAGGGUGCCUUGACGAAUUGUUGCCCAAGACUUUUCUAGUAUCUAUCCAGCGAGUCUUGUUGGUGUUAGCAUCAAUAAUUGUUCCAACUGUUACAAAUCCUUGGCUUCUAUUUCUUGUUGUUCCGUUGAUUGUGUUAGUCUUGUACAUCUCCAAGUAUUACUUGAAAACGUCCAGAGAGCUCAAAAGGUUAGAGUCAAUAUGCCGCAGUCCAGUCUUCUCCCACUUUUCCGAGACCCUGAAUGGACUGGACACGAUUCGAACCAGAGGCAGACAAAGGGAUUUCGUGGAUCAGUUUUACAGAUAUCAAGAUGUUCAUAAUCAGUCCUAUAUUAUGGUGAUGGCCAGUGGGCGAUGGCUUGGUGUACGCUUAGACCUUCUCAUAUCCAUGUUAAUUGGUGCAGUGUCUCUGGCAGCUGUUUUGGUGUCUCAAGAUGCCGCUUGGGCCGGACUUGCGCUUGUUUAUGUCAUCCAAACUUCGAUAAGUGCUCAAUACGCUGUCAAGAAAACCUCGGAUGUCGAGAAUUUCAUGACCUCAGUUGAACGAGUAAUGACGUACACCAAACUUGACUCAGAACCUGGAUACAAAGUGCAUAGGCUUCCCCCAAACCAAUGGCCACACGCAGGAAAUAUCACAUUUCAAGAUGUGUCAUUAACGUACUAUCCGGGGGGACCUCGAGUACUGAAGAGAAUAAAUCUUAACAUCAAAGGAGGAACAAAGAUCGGUGUUGUAGGCCGCACAGGUGCAGGCAAGUCAUCUUUUGUGGCAGCUCUCAUGCGCAUGCCAGAUGCUGAUGGAGAC